AUGUUGUGGCUCAUGAACGUCAUAUCCGCGCUUGCGCAUAUACCGAGUAUCCUCCGUGUGACUUCAGGCGUGGGGUGUCGAGGUGACAGCACGGGACUGAACGAGAAAGGCGGUGAUCGUGAUUCGCAACCCAUGUUGGCGGCAACGGACGCUGCCAUCCAGGCAGCAGCGAAAACUGCAUCUGCGGUAGCGGCUGCAACAACUGCUGGUGUUGCGGGAGGUUCCAACUCGAACGCUGCAACGCCAACGGCCCAUGAUAUCGCUGCGGGUACAGCGGCUGGCAUUGCAGUCGGUGUGGAGGCAGGAAAGCGAGAGGCUGCUAAAUUUGGGAAGGAGUCGAGCGAACCGCCAAAGAUCAGCGCAUCUGCGGCAUCAGAGUUCCUGGAACCCGUUCCCACGGCGCAACAGAUUACAGUCGGAAUCCAGAAGCAGAUGAUUGGAGAGAAUCCAGAAGAUUCACACGGAAAGCAGACUGCUUUCGCCAGUACAGAUGAUAGGCAUGGCUCUCGGGCUGUUUCGCCUGCAGCGCCGGAGGAGCCUCUCACGCGUCCAGAAUUGUCUGCAGACGGAUCCAUCAACUCAAGGCCGGCAGUAGUUGAGGCGUCGCCUGACGGGGGGCGGGGUGGAUCACCCAAGGGCGACGGGCGAUACAGAGGCACAAAACACAACAUUUCCGAUUUUGCACCAAGUAAAGACGGACCAGAUCACGAAGGAGGAGCCAGCUGCGACUCUGAUCAGCAACAACAAAGAGGACGUGGACGCAAGGAGAGAGCCAGAGUGGGUGUAGACUUGGCUCUGUCUGAGGGCACCAUCCGGACGGCAGGGGUUGCGAAAGCUGACUCGGAGCCAGAUAAGGUCGAUAGUGGCUUGGUUGCGCCAGUAGCAAGAAUUUCUGACACGAAAUCAAUAACGAAGAUUGCGGAGAAAACAAUAACGAUGAUAACAGAGAAAAUAGAGGUCCGAACUGAGACAGGCGCAUCACGGCAGGAAAGUCCGGUGCCGCAUUUGAAUUUAAGGGGUGACAAGACUGUCGAUGUCACCUCAUCUCCUUCGAAGCAACAGACCGAAUCCGCUGACUGUUCUGUUUGUGAGGGUCGUCGCACUGAAGCUACAGUAGGUGCAUACAUCAGGACUCUUACCGAAGCAGAAUGGAGUUGCGCACUGGAGAGCAGGGUCGUCGAGACGUUUAACCGCGGACGUCUGAGCUAG